CCACCUAGGGUCGAGCAACCUAGGGUCGAGCAACCUAGGGUCGAGAAACAUAGGGUCGAGCUACCACCCCGUGAUCACGAGCAACAUGCCCAGUCCAAUGAGAGGCAGAUUAGGAGGGUGGAGGAGAAAGCAUCCUCCAUCAGGACCACCAACCCGCAAGCGAGAGACGAGACACUGGAGCAGUUGCUGGCCCAAGUUCGCGAUUUGCAGACCCGAGUCGAGGGAGGAAAAGUUGGAGGCUCAAGGGGACAUCUGAUCUCGCAGCACAUUCUGGAUGCCGACCUGCCGCAAGGUUUUCGCGAUCUAAACAUAAGUUAUGAUGGGUCGACCGAUCUAUCUCGUCAUAUGAGGAUGCCCAGUACGUCGGAGGAGAUAAAGGCGGGAGGUUUGACUCGAGGGUUGUUACCGGGCUUAUGCAGGAAUUCUUUGGCAAAGCGCCCGGGUAGAACGUUCGAUGAAGUAUUGGGAAGAUGUGCGAAGUACAUGAAUGUCAAGGAAGCAGAAGCCGACUUCUUGCAAAUGGUUAAAGCGAGUAAAGAUGACUCUCGGGAUGAGAUGAGGGAGAAGAAAAGUUCCUCGACUGGGGAAAGAAAGGGGUCCCCACGAGCAGAAAGAGAUGGGCGAUCUAGGUUUUGGAGGCCGACUCAAUACACCCCUUUGUCGGCCCCUCAAGCGCGAAUUUUGGAGGUGAUGGAAAGGGAAAUUCAUGACAAUAUCGUCAGAUGGCCCAAGACGAGGAAGGAUGGACCAACGAGACCAAAAAGUAAUCUAUACUGCCGAUUUCAUAAGGAUUAUGGGCACAAUACUGACGACUGCAGACAUCUUAAGGACGGGAUCGAGAGGCUGAUUAAAGCAGGACACUUGAAGGAAUUCAUAUACAAGGAUCGAGAGAAGUCGAGCCGGAAGAGAGAAAGGAGCAGGAGCCCUUGCAAGAGGGCGAGAACGCCUGAGAAUGAGGAGCUUCCUCAAAAAAAGGGAGUCAUACAUAUGAUAUUCGGUGGAUCGACUGAUGGAGAUUCGAAUCGAGCAAGGAAGGCGUAUGCUCGAGGACGCCAUGGGAAAGUCAAGGUACAACAAUUCGACAAGAAUGGUCUAGUAAUGAACUUUGGGCCAGCAGACGUGGGAGAGGUCGAGAGACCUCACAAUGAUGCGUUAAUGAUAAUGGCCCAAGUAUCAGGAAGUGAAGUGCAGAGAGUGUUUGUCGACACUGGGAGUUCAGUGAAUGUGAUAUUCUAUGAUUGUCUCAAGAGGAUGGAGCUAGACAUACAACUCACACUUUUCCAUACCUCGUUGUUUGGUUUCAAUGGUUCAGAGGUCGCGCCCCUAGGGGAGACUAUGCUCGAUGUCGUCCUAGGGGAAGGCGACUUGCGAAAGGUAAAAAUGGUAAGAUUCGUGGUAGUCGAUGUUGAGUCGGCUUACAAUGUGAUCCUGGGAAGGCCAGCGCUUAAUGCAUUUCAGGCUGUGGUGUCAACGUACCAUAUGAAGUUGAAAUUCCCAGUCGGAGAUCGA